AUGCCCAAAUCGUUCCCAGAAGUGCAGCCCGGAGGCAGCCUCAUCCUCGCGUGGCAGGUCAAGGGCAAGACCAUUUUAGUCGUCGGCGGCGGCGAGGUUGCCGCUGGCCGCAUCCUCAACUGCCUCAAUGCCGACGCCAACAUUACUGUCGUGUGCCCUGCUGCGGGCCUGAAUAAAGAAGUCGCCCAUCGCAUUGCCGAGAAGCAAGUCAUACACAUCGACCGAGUCUUCGAACCCUCCGAUCUCGAUAAUGCAGACAUGGUCAUGGUGGCCAUUGACGACCCAGAUGCGUCCACGGUGAUCUGGAAGCUGUGCAAGGAGAAGAAGAUUCCCGCCAACAUCGCGGAUGUGCCACCAGAAUGCGACUUUUACUUUGGCAGCGUCCACAGAGACGGUCCUCUACAGAUCAUGGUCAGCACCAAUGGUCGUGGGCCUCGGCUCGCGGCGUCCAUUCGUCGCUUCAUUGCCAGCAAGCUCCCCAAGAACGCUGGCAAUGCCAUCGAUAUCAUUGGCGAACUACGAACCAAGUUGCGCAAAGUUGCACCAAAAGUGGAAGACGGCCCAAAGAGAAUGCGCUGGAUGUCCAAAGUCAGCGACACAUACAAGUGGGAAGAAAUGUGCCAGAUGACGCACGAAGAUAUGGAAAAUCUGCUACUAUUUUAUCCCGCUAACAAAGCACCAUCUAUGGAUAUCAUCAAAUCUCUACGAGAUGUGCGAGAUGUUGAGGCGCUCGAUGUAUUUGAGGGAUCAUUCGGAUUCAGCAUUGGCAUAUAA